AUGACCGUUGCGCUUCCAACUGUCAGCGUGUUGAGAACUUUUGCCCACAACCUGUUCGGCAGAAUGCACACUGGGGAUCGCCUUGGGGACCUCACGGACGACAUCCUCUGGCAUGUGCUCUCCUUUCUGCCGGCCAAUGAGGCCCUGCAGACCUGCGUGUUGGACACCCGGUGGCGCGAUCUAUGGAGGCAGACGACUAGCCUGCUCUUCGUCUUUGAUGGGUCAAUGUUCCCAAGAUACAAGCGUUUCGAACAGUUGGUGAAGCUGGUCAUCCAUCUCCGCGGGGAAUCACCUCUUGUCACGUGCAAGAUCGAUGCAUAUCCCGACGAUGACCCCGAGCACACUUUCACAAACACCAAGUUGUUGAUUGAUAACACCCUAGUGUGUGAAGCCGAGGAGCUAGUAGUAAGAGCUGCAGACAUUCGGUAUGACAUACCAAUGUUUGAUGUGCCUCUCAAUCUCAUCUCCCAACACUUGAAGACCUUGCACCUUGAACAGGUCAACCUCGACCACUCUGAUUUGAAGUUCUCAGGUUGCCCGGUGUUAGAGGAUCUAAGUAUCUAG